AAAUCUAGAACUUAAUGUCGUAAAAACAUGACAGUACGUUUACGGCUUGUUUAUUUUGGGUGAAAAAUCAUAUGAUUGUAUAAAUCUAUUUCAUCUUGAUUUUGUUUGAAAACGGGGUGUGUCAUGAUACAGCUAGAAUAGUUUCGAAAUGGCAGCCGGCGGGGAAAAGAAGGAACAUCUCUACAAGAUCCUUGUCAUUGGCGAGCUAGGUACAGGGAAAACGUCCAUUAUCAAGCGAUAUGUACACCAGUUUUUCUCUCAACACUACAGGGCCACAAUUGGCGUGGACUUUGCCCUAAAAGUGUUGAACUGGGAUGCAGACACUAUUGUACGGCUGCAGUUAUGGGACAUAGCAGGUCAAGAACGGUUUGGAAACAUGACGCGGGUAUAUUACAAAGAAGCUGUCGGAGCGUUUAUUGUGUUCGAUCUAACUCGGGCGUCAACGUUCGACGCGGUCACCAAAUGGAAAAACGACCUAGACCUUAAAGUCCAACUUCCGGACGGUCGACCCGUUCCCUGUGUGUUAUUAGCUAACAAGUGUGAUCAACCUAAAGAAGGCUUAAUGAACAACACAUCACAAAUCGAUGACUUUUGCAAGGAGAAGGGCUUCACAGGCUGGUUCGAGACGUCGGCGAAAGAAAAUAUCAACAUAGAUGAGGCUUCCAGAUUUUUGGUUACGCAGGUACUUGAAAAUGAUAAAGCAAUGAAAUCAGACGAUGCAGCAAAAGACAAAGACGUACGGACACUAGAUGAUAGUGGAGCUCAUGAAAGAUCAGAAAAGAAAGGCUGCUGUUCAUGAAACGUGUGUCCGCGUGUGUAGCAUUGACCUCAGAACUUAGGCAUGCUUAUAAACGUUGUCAGUGUAUUUCCAAAUGUAUGCAUAUAAAUCUAUGCAAAGGCAUGCACUAUAAGUUUAUAUUCGAAUGAUUUGAUAUGUUGAGACUUGACUUAUGUUAUAACGCCGAGUAUGUAGCCUGGCUACUUUUGUUAUAGACUUUUUGGGACAUAUCAAUUAUCCCUAUUUAUUUAGUGCGUUUUUUGACAUUUUUAUUUUUUUAAUCAUUACAUUACUAUUUAAACCAGAACUUGCCAACGCAAAAGGCGUUUUUUAAGUUAUAAGAUAACGAGGCAUUUUUUUUGAAAUCCGGUAAUAUUUGCUAUAUGCAACGAUUUAAAAUAUUUUUAUACAGCGACAAUCAAAUAUGUAUUGACUUCUUAAAUUAUUUAUUAUGACAAAAGGAAAUUUUAUAUCUUAUGAUCGGUUGUUUACUGAAACGGACGAUUCAUUGUUGGGUCGGCUGUUUACUGAAACGGACGAUUCAUUGUUGGGUCGGUUGUUUACUGAAACGGACGAUUCAUUGUUGGUUCGGUUGUUCACUGAAACGGAUGAUGCAUUGAUGGGUCGGUUGUUCACUGAAACGGAUGAUGCAUUGUUGGGUCGGGGGUUUACUGUAAGACGCAAGCAAUUUUUAUGUCGGUUGUUAACUGUCAGGGGUAUCAGUUGUAUGGUCGGUUGUUUACUGUAAGUGUAUAUCAAAUGUUAGGUCGGUUGUUUACUGUUAGUGGCAAGCAAUUCUUAUGUCGGUUGUUAACUCUAAGUGAUUAUCAAAUGCUAGGUAGGUUUUUACUGUUAGGGGUAUCAAAUGUCAGUUGUUUACUAUUUUGGGGUCUCAAGUGUUGGGUCGGUUGUUUACUUAAGAAGCUAAAAAAUCUUAGGUCGGUUGUCUACUGUUAGGGCUAUCAAACGUUGGGUCGGUUGUUUACUGUAAGGGGAUACAAAUUUAGGGUCGGUUGUUUAUCAUAAGAAGCUAUAUAAUCUUAUGUCGGUUGUUAACUGCUAAUGGUAUCAAGUGUUGGGUCGGUUGUCUACUGCUAGGUGUUAAGUCGGUUGUUUACUGAAAGGGAAAAAUAUUAUUGGGCCGUUUGUUAACUGUUAGGCGCCAGCAAAUCUUAUGCCGUUUAUAACUGUAUUGGAGUAUGGGGUCGGUUGUCUACUGUUAGAGGUAUCAAGUGUUAAGUCGGCUGUUUACUGUAGUGGAAUAUCAGUUUUUGUGUUGGUAAUUUAAGUGCUCGCCAUUGGCAUGACAUUGUUUUAAUUGACAUGACUCUGGAUUGUCUCUUAAAGGCCUAGUUUUAAGCAUUCUAUAAGUGACCCCCCCAAAGAAAACUGUGUACAGUACACAACCUCUGUUUAUUUAUCUUAAUCAGCUUGCCUUGAUCCCUCUUAUCAGAUCUCCGAUCUGAGUAUCCUGCCGUGCAGAUUUUAGAAUAAACGAAUACACAGGAACUUGGCCCCUACUAUGACACCAGUGCAUUUAACAGGAGAGACACAGCAGGGGAUUAUCAUGCCAAACAUUCCUUAAACUAGGCCUUUAAACUAGGUACUCUGAGAAUAUGGUAAAUAAAUGAAAACCGUUGAAUAUAUUCAACAUGAAGAACUCGAUACUGCUUGAUGAUUCGUUAAUUGUUUCAUUUAUGCCAUACUAACUUGCUUGAUUGUUUUAUAUUAACUAGAAUGUAAGAUUUAAAAGAUAAGCCUCUGUCAUUAACUCAUGCUUAUGCAUUUUCAAUAUCUUAGGUGUUCAUGUCUUCCAAUGCGUUCAAGGAUAAAUACACAUUUUGUGUCCGCUUUAUCAACUGCAGGUACUGUAUGGUAUGUAUGAUAUUUUCCCCAUCGUAAGAAAGUCUGCUAUGCGAGAAGAUAUGCACGAUACGUUGCAAACUUCAUUCUGUGCCAGUAUGUGCUCUUCUAAACUAUGUGAUAUUUUUAUCAUUUCAUUCUUAAAUUCAACCUUUUUAUCUGCGUCUUUCGUUGAAUGAUCAAAUGGUUUGUUUAAUUUUAUGUUAAUGUUUAGUUUUAGUUCUGAAAAAGAGUUUUUUAAGUUUUUGUUUUAAUUUAUUGAUAUUCGUUUACGCCUAAACAUUCCAUGCAGCCUUUUAUAACAAGGUAUUGAUUGUUUCGUACUAAUAUUGUAUUUAUUUAAAAAUCAUAUUAAUACAGUGCUAUUUUGAUUGUUUCGCCUGAAAAAUGAUACAUAGUUUAGUUUAAGUUUAUUAGCAAUGUCAGCAAAUACUUGAUUUUGGCCAAAAUUAUCAUCAAAUUCCACAAAAACAUAUAGGUUUGUACUUCUGGCUUUGGUGCAGACAAGGACUUUUUAACUUUAAUCUUUUAAAUAUUUAUAUUCUUAUUAUGGUGCAAUUUGGUGAAAGUGUUUGGGGGCAUUAAGUGUCGGUCAAGCUUAAACAAUGGUAGAUGUCUGGUGCAAAAAUACUUGAUACUUAUUAUCCUGUUAGACUGAAACUUGGUGACCACAUUUCUGAGCACAAGUUUUCAGUCCAGAUAAAUCUUGGGGGACAUCGCAUCAGUUACAUUAGAGUUACACCCCUUGUAUAAUAAAAAAUGGCGGAUUUGUGACGCGUAGACAAUGAUUGAAGUAUUCGUUACAACACCAUGAUGCAACUUGGUGACAGUUUUUAUGGGCAUGAUUUCUCGGUAAAGUUCGGUCAAGGGUUGAAUGACAUCAGCAAAUCAAGAGUGACUCGCCAUUUAUGUAAAAAUAGUCAGAUAAUGCUGUGUGAAGAUCCCACCUUAAGUAUUUAUAAUCCGAUUAUUAUGAAACUUGGUGACAGUGUUUGUGGGCGGAAUGCCUCGGCUGAUUUCGUACAUAUGAUGAAUCGAUUUAGUAAAUCCCAAAGAUAUGUCUCCUUUUGCAAAUUGACGACAAAUCUAUUUCCGCGGAAUUCAAGUUAGCAGUAUUCUACAUGUAUUAUUGUUAAACGUUCUUAACGAUCAAAGAUGUGUUCCUGAUUAUGUGUGUUUCUGUAUGUUCGCUCUUUACCAUAUUGCCCAUCAUAUUCUUAACGCAUUUUAGACAGACACAUACUUAUUAUACUUGUAAAUAGAGAUAUAUUUUGUUGUUUAUGUAGUUUGAUAAAAACAUAUUUAUUUAUACUAACAUUUUUAUCAAAUGUAAUAUGUCAUACUGGAAAUAAAUCAUAUAUAUCGA